AUGGCGUUACAAAUGGCACCUAGCUCCUCCAAGGUUCUCAUCCUCGUUGGAGCUGGUUUGGCGAGUUCGGUUGUUUUGAAUGGUGGACAAUUGUCUGCUGUUAUUGCACAGCUUCAGGAUGUGCUCAAGGGAGUCGAUGAUCAGGUUAAGAUUUCAACUGCUGGAUAUGACACCGCCGUUAUUGCUGCUCAGGUUCGGCAACUAGCACAAGAAAUUAGGGAGUUGACCUUGUCUAGGCCUAUGACUAUCUAUAAUGAAAGUUCUUCUAGAGGGGGGCUUGCUUCUUACUUACUACCUGCUGCUGCAAUAGGAGCUGUGGGAUAUUGUUACAUGCGGUGGAAGGAUUUGUCAUUUUCUGAUGUAAUGUUUGCAACAAAAAAGAAUAUGGCUAAUGCUGUUGCGAGUGUGUCAAAGCAGCUAGAGAAUGUACAUGAAACAUUGGCAUCAACAAAAAAACAUCUAAUAAAGAGGUUGGAAGGUCUUGACUUGAAGGUGGAAGAGCAGAAUGAGUUAGGCCAACAUAUUUCAAAUGACGUAAAUGCAGUAAAGUCAGAUCUUUCUCAGAUUGGGUGUGAUGUUGAACUUAUACAUCAAAUGAUGUCCGGGCUGGAAGAGAAGCUCAAGCUUGUCGAAGGCAAUCAGGAUGUUACCAACUCAGGUAUCUGGUAUUUGUGCAAACUUGCUGACGAUAUCAACAAUGAGCCAAAUGGUAGAGUUUACAAGGGACUUGCAGAACUUACAAUGACACUUGACGAAAAAGCCCCUAAGGGGCUUCAAUUCAUUGCUGAAACAACAGACACCAUUGAGAACUCAGCCAUAAUAACAAAGAAAGUUGGUCUCAACUUUUCAGACGAGAAAUUACCUGUUUCUAAAUCAAGAGUACAUAGGGCAUAUCCUGUUGGCAUUUCUGUGAGCAAGGGCAUUUCUGAUUUGGUUUGA